AUGUUGGCUCGCCAAGCUGUUCUGCGACGAGUAACUCUCGCCCAGCCAACUCAACGAAUCCUCCUCGCAAACCAAAUUCGACCUCUAAACCGAACGAUAUCUUUUCUACCAUGGCGUAAAAAGAAACCCGAGCCUCAAACUAUACCGGUAUACUUUGCGAACCCCAAUACUCCCAACCAUGGCGAAUUCAGUCAUAUGAGUCCGGCGGAGGAGAAGAAACUUUGGAGGAAACUAAAAUGGAGUAUUCGCCAUACUCGCUUCCGUCGUUUCGCGUCUACUGUUAUCAUACUGUACAUGUGCUGGCAAAUCUUCUGCAUUAUUGUAUUCGAUCCCCUAUUCGAUUGGGCUGAUGCCGAAUGGGAGGCUUUGUCUGAUAAGGAAAAGGAGGAAGCCGAGGCUAACCACGAUCCCGAUGAGCCGUUGGUGUUCCUUCCCUUUCCCUUCACGACGGAGGAAGUUAAACAACCACCCUAUCGUGGUUCAGACCCAGAAUGGCAAACAUUUGUAAAGGUCAGCCAGGACAAGAAACUCUUACAAGAGAUUAAGAAUGGUCUGGCAAAUGAGAUCAAGCGUGGUGUUGAGAGAAACCCGGCCUUUAACAAACUCCUUGGAGGGGAAGUGGCUGUAAGGAAAUUUUGGCUUGACAUCAUAUUCCCACCCGCCCCUCCACCGAUACACUACGUCUCUGGAAUUUUGAUUGACGAAGAGGGCAUCUUUUGGGGUGACCGACCCAUUGAUUCGACCGCCGCCAGCACCCUCGCUAAAGCUCUCUACCCCAAGGCUCUUGCAAUGGGUUGCUGGACUUUUGUGAGCUUUCUGGCAAAACAGAUCGCGCAGGAUGUUGGAAAAGGUAUUGGUUUAAUCGAACAAGAUCCUCCUGAAUCUGCGUGGCAACAUGUGCCAGUCGGUAGCCUGCCUGGCACUAUGCCACAGCAAACCCCUAGAGUGGUGGUCAAGCACGAUCCCAAAGCGCAUACAUCAACACUCCCACCCGCUUUCAAUGAAAUCUUGGGUGCUGCAUUUGGACCUGAUGCGAAACUAGACCCACGUCUCCAAGCUGCCAGCAUAGCUGGCGCGUUCGCCUUUUUGCGAUAUUGGAAACCUACAAGGACUGUGCCCUCGAGAGGGUGCAUCAAGGUCGACGGUAUUGUCGAGCUGAAGGGAAAGACAGCUGUCAUGGCCGUUUUAGUUGCAGGCUACUACGAUCCGAAAACACGCCACGAAGAAUUGAGCAUGGCUAUGGGCGGCGCCUGGAGGGACUUGAUUAAAGAUACCAUAGGAGUCUGGAAUAUCAAUGUCUGA